AUGCGUGCUUCAACGCUCUUGGUUCUUUUGGUGCUACUUGGACAUUCAUUUGCAAGGUGCAAUUCCAACGGUCCCUUGCAAGACGAGACAACUGAACAAGUAGAAUCAACCACAACAGAAGAUGAAGAACUUCCCUACUCACUUGAACUUCUGACCAAAGAUGACGAGGUUACCGAAAGCGUGGAGGAGUCGACGGAAACUCCCAAUAUUGCCAAUAAACCCAUUCAACACCCACCAAUAGGCGAAAAAACUGGAUUUUCCAACGUCACUGCACGCGAGGGCCGAGUUUUGGGCGGCACUGCAGCUACCGCGGGUCAAUUUGGCUACUACAUGUUCAUUGCGGGCAGUACAGCCUCUGGUACUUCACUUCUCUGCGGUGGUGCCUUACUGUCCGAAAUUUGGGUCAUCACAGCUGCCCAAUGCGUCGCAACGGCAGCCAGUGUCACCGUCUACGGUGGUUUGAUCACCACUCCAGGCAUGACGGACGUCGGAAUCGGCGCUAGCAUUCUCGUCCAUCCGUCUUACAAAAGGAACUUUGUUAUUAACGACAUAGCCCUGCUGAGGCUUCUCUCUCCAAUGACCCUUUCUGCGACAAUUUCCACGAUCAGAAUUUCCACGAGGGAUCCAUCGAACGGACUGGACAACGUGUCUGUCCGCACCAUGGGCAUGGGCCCGGCUGACGACACCACCGAGCUGGCCACGACGCCGGCGUUAAAUUACAUCGACUUGGUGAACUUGAAAAAGUGGACUUGUCUCAUUCAAACGGCGGAAACGUACGUCUCGUAUCCAAAAAACGCUGGCUGCCUCAGCUCGUCAACCGCAACAAAAGGAUUCUGUUUUGCGGACGCAGGUGGACCAGUUGUGUACACCUCGGACACGGACUCGUCAGCCAAGCUGAUUGGAAUUAAUUCGCAGUACUUGGGCUGCCCUAGCUCGUACCCCAUGUCUUACACCAGGAUCUACCCAUAUAUCCCGUGGAUCAAGCAGCAGACCAAAAAAACCUUUACCUAA